CAGCCAAUCAGAAAGGAGCAUUUUUCUCAUGGUCAUUGAGCCAACCAAUCAGAUCUUUAGUUUCAUUUUUGAAGCUGUGAGGUCAAAACAAAACUAAAAAUUUAAAUGAGACAUGUAUAUGAGGCCAGUACGAUAAUCGUAUUUAAUCUCGUACUUUUAUUCUUUAUUCCCCGCGGUAAUGACGAAUUAUUUCCAGCUAAUCAACCCCUUUCUGAGGUUUUUUUUCGAGCGCAUAUUACAGACUAACGUUUAUUUUGAAUAUCACGAUCACGAAAAUAUCCAGAAAGUCCGUAGUGCAUUUAUUAAACGUGUGUGUAGAUUACUGGAUGUUAUCAGUGUGAGUAAAGAGAAAGAGUGUGAUGUUAAAGUGGUCUUCUGUCCGAUCGUGUCACGCGCAGGAACCGAUAUCGAAGCGGCACUCUUGCGCCUUGCACUUGAAAAGCCCACCAUAGUGUUCGUACUUCACCACACCUUCGACCCUGACUACAACGCACCGAGCAGCAGCAGGUAUGAAAAGAACAAGUUGAUGUUGGUGGACUUAUUGUUCCAUGAGGACUCUGGAAUGCUUAAAUGUUUAAAGAAUGAUGAAGCAUUCAGCAAGACGGAACGUUACCUAAAGAGAUACGCCAAAGUUCAGCAUGUUGUACAUAUUAUGCGUAUUUUGGCUGUGAUUGCAAUUGUUGGAAUGAUGAUUAGGUGCAAAAGAUUACUCCGACAAAUCGUGUGCAAGUUCUUGACAAGACUCCCAUGGAUCCAGGUUUCCCAUGAAACAAGAGCAAGAGAGAUGAGCUGUUGUAGUUUUUUUUAGAUUCUUUAAAUAGUGUAUUUAUUUCAUAGUAUAUUUAAAUUUUAUUGUAAUUUAAUAAUAGAGCACACAGUGAUAAUUUUUAGUAUGUUAAACAAAUAAAUUCUUCCAUGUGUGGAAAUGCAAAGUAUUAAUAAUUAGUUUGAGUGGUUUUAGGAAAUGAACAAAACACUUAUUUUUGUCUGUGUUUGCGCAUGGAGUUUGUUAUACCCUUAAUAAUCUGAUCUGUAGUCUCUGUUUAUAUUUUGGGUUAUUUUUUAUUCUGUUAUGUCCUGUAAUUCUGCUGUGCUGAGUGGAUAUAAAUUGUUAAAAUGUGAAUGCGGCUUUUCAUUUGGUAAGAAAUAGUAAAGAAGACAUCUCUAAGCCA